UUUUAUUCCUUGCGCUGCGGUUCUUUAUAAAUUUCUUUUCAUUCGCCAAUUUCAUUUUCGCCGCCACCGCUGCCUGCCACUAGUACGUCUGCGUCUGCAGGUCAACGCCUGGAAAAAAACUUGAAAAAUUGUGAAAAAAUUGCGCAAAUAAUACAAUAAAUCGAAGAAAAACGUGCCGGAAGGUGCAGAAAGUGUUGGUGACAUUGAAAACAAAUUGGUUUACAAAAAUUUGCAGUGGUUUUUGCACUCAAUCGGUUGCGAAAAAACGCCGAAGAAAUAAAAAAAGAAGAAGAGCAGCUGCAAGAAGCAUCACAAGGGGACAGCAUUGCAAGCGUUGUUGCCAAAAUAAGGCGUUGGAUACACACAACGAGGAAAGCUAUCCAAAGCCAAGAAAGCAAAAAAUCAAGAGUCGGGGCAAAGCAAAGGCGAGAAAUAAAAUCAAUUAUUUUAGGAAGGGGUAGCAGUGCUGCACAAGUUUUGUUCCCGCUUUUAGCGUUCACAAAAUACCGGCAUUGAGUGUGUAUACAUUGUUAACUUAACAACGCUUCGACUUUAAAGCAUUGAUUUUCCACAAUUGGAAUUUGAAUUCCCUGCCGCAGUGUUUGUGUUUUUACGUGUUAAAUAAAUUUUGCCGCUAAACUGUUUUGACGCGUUGUGUACUGCAAAAUGGGCGCGUACCUAUCCGAACCGAAAACGGACAAGGUGUCUACGGACGAGUCUAAUGAUAUAUUGACAGUGGGAGCUAGCUCUAUGCAAGGAUGGCGCAAUAAUCAGGAAGAUGCUCAUAAUUCCAUUUUAAAUUUCGAUGGAAAUACCUCAUUUUUUGCCGUUUACGAUGGGCAUGGGGGUGCCGAAGUAGCAACCUAUUGUGCGGAUAAGCUACCGCAAUUUCUAAAGGAAUUGUCCACAUACAAAGGUGGAGAAUUCGAAAAGGCUUUAAAGGAGGCCUUUUUGGGUUUUGAUAAAACAUUGCUGGAACCACAAGUAGUGGAAAUAUUAAAAGUGUUGGCUGGCGAGAAAGGCUUUGAUGGAGAUGAUAGUGAUGCUCAUGAGGAUGAUGAAGACUUUGAAGACUUGGCUGAGCUACAUGAAGAGAGUCAUUUGCCUUUAGAUGAAGUAUUGGAAAAAUAUAAAGGUGGACCGUGCAUGCCAUCACUGAAACGCGUUAAAGAUGGAGCGACUGGCUCCAAGCCGCAAUCACCUUACUUACGUGGUCGACGUGCAGCGGCAGUUAUAGCUGAUGCUACAAAUAAAGCCGUAUUAGAUCCAGAAUCCAAACCAGAGGGUUCUUCUACAUCUGCUGCCGCUUCGGCUGCUGCUUUAUCGGGCGAAAGUGGUGCCAGUUCUUCGCACAAACCAGCUGUAGGUACAUCGUCAAAGACAGAAUCCAUAACUUCCGAAUCGGGACCAAGUUCAUCAAACAGCGGCAAUGCGGCAAAAAUGGACACAGAUGAACCCGAGGAGGAUUCUACCGUCAGCAGCAGCAGCUCGAGCGCAAGCAAGCCUACCAAUAAUAUUUCUGCUGAGGUGGAAAACAACAAACCGGAGAGCAACAGAGAAAAGAAUUCUGCAAACGGUCCUGCAGCAACAUUGGCCACUGAUAGUGCAACGUCUUCGGAAAAUAAUAAGGAGGUUUGCCCGGAUUCCUCACACACCAAAGAGGUUGAACAGAAUGGUAGUGUAUCUUCAUCAGAGAAAAAGCCAAUUAAAAAACAAAAUUCUGCUGCAGCUGACAUGGACACAACUGUUUCGGGUUCGAAUGAUGCUGCGAAGAGAAUACAAAAUGGCACCAUCGGCAGUACUUCCGCAGCAAAUAAACAAGUGGCUGGCAGCACUGCAAUUACUUCCACCAGUAAGGAGUCCAAGAAGCUUAAGAAAACCGUGAGUGGCGAGGAAGAAUCCACCGAUGAUGAUGCCGAUUAUGAAGAGAAUGCUGAAGAAGGCGAUGCUAAACAUAGCUUGGUAUAUUCCUCCGAAGACGAGGAAGUUGAAGAAGCUGAGAAUUCAAGUGUAUAUUCGUCUGAUGAAGAGGUUGAAGAAGAAGAGGAAGAGGAUGAGGAAACCGCACUUGCUAACGAGCAAUUCUGUGCCGAUAUGAUUGAGGAGCCUGGCAAGGAUAGUGGUUGCACUGCUGUCGUUGCACUACUAAACGGUCGAGAUCUAUAUGUGGCGAACGCUGGCGAUUCGCGAUGUGUAGUUUGCCGUAAUGGUAAAGCAAUCGACAUGAGUUUGGAUCAUAAGCCGGAAGAUGAAGAAGAAUCAUCGCGUAUUAUAAAAGCUGGUGGACGUGUGACAUUAGAUGGUCGUGUAAAUGGCGGCUUGAAUCUAUCGCGUGCUAUUGGCGAUCACGCCUAUAAAAUGAAUUUGGAGUUGCCCGCCGAAGCGCAAAUGAUAUCUGCGUUGCCGGAUGUGCGAAAACUUAUUAUCACAGCAGAGGACGAAUUCAUGGUAUUGGCUUGCGAUGGCAUUUGGAACUAUUUAUCAAGUGAGGAGGUGGUCGAUUUUGUGCGUCAACGUUUGAAGGAUGAUUCCAAAAAAAUAUCACAAAUCUGUGAGGAGCUUUUUGAUACUUGCUUGGCCCCCAAUACCAUUGGCGAUGGCACGGGCUGUGACAAUAUGACAGCUGUCAUUGUGCGUUUCGAAUCCAAAAUUUUGGAAUUGCCAACUAAACUAAAACCCGAGGAAAUUGUGCUUAUUAAGGAUAUUGCCGCUAAAACAUCUAACACUAAUGCAUGUGCUCAAAAGAAUGAACAACCAUGUCUGAAGCGCGCAGCCUCACCAAGUUCCGAUGACAAUUCCAAUGAAGCCGAAAAUGCCAACAAAACAAAACGUUUGAAGACUGAUGAGGAUACUACCUCAACAACCAACACAAACAAGACCACAGUGGAGACAACUGCAUGCAGUAACAGCGAUGCAGCGGCCAGUAGCAGCUCAUCUGAGGCAGCGGCAGCAGUUGCAAGUAUUACGGAUCAAAAGGAUUGCGAUAGCAACACUACGGCAAGCAGCAAUGAUGCAGCGGAUACUGAUAAUAUUGCGGUGUCCUCGACGUAAAUACAUAUAUUUUGUUAACAACAAGCAGCAAUUGGAGUGUGUGAAUUCCCUAAUUGGUUUACUCCAUUUAUUAUAAAACGGAAGGAAUUAUAUGUUUAAUUUGUAAGAAAAUCACAAAAUCUCGUCUACAUGAGAGUUCUAAUUUUCACAAUGACUAAUAUUAAGAUUUUAAAACGGAUUCGCGGCAGAAUCAAUACAACAAUACCAAGUUUACAGUGGAUUCUUGUAAUACACCUUUUGUACGAAAUAUUGACCAAUCCAAUAGCAACAAGAACUGGAAUAUAUUUUCUUGAGUUCAACAUAAAAGUAAGGCAUAAAAUAAGCUCUCAUUAGUGAAAUUUCUGUCAGCUCAAAGAGCGUAUAAUUAUAUUUUUGGUUGCAGUAUACUUAUGUACGUUUGAUUUUGCUGUAAUGCAAGUAAUGAACGUAUGUUCACUCAUUGCACUCUAAUUACACCGACGAUACUUUAGAUCAACAGACAAACUAUUCUUAAUUAUCACACUUUAUUGUUGCAUAUCCGUAAGCAAGGCGACCCACCAACAUACAUACAUACAUAAUUAAAAGUUCAUUGUGGGAAUUUGUGGAAAGAACGCGAUGGCGGAGCAGCAAUUUAGUUUUCAUAUAAUACACUUAUAUAUUUUGUAAAGUAAAUUACAGAUAACUCGUACAUAUAAAUACAUACACAAGAAGGCAUAAUUUUAAUUAAUUAUUAUUACAAAAUCAAUAUAUACACAAUGAAAUGGUAAAUAAAAUGAAAUAAAA